GAGGGGCUCCACCCGUGGAGACGGCACUGUCGUACGCUUCGAAAAGGCCGAUUAACAAGCAUACGCGUUUCAGAAGAAAAGAUUGGAUUUUCCUUCCUGAAACUUGUCCAUGUGUCAGAUAAUUCGGCGUAAGAUGGUUGAAGACAGACAAUGGCGUAGAGACAGUUCGUGUUUUGUGCUACUAGUUGAUGGACUUAAUGAACCCUUGUACUUAUCAAAACAGAAGACAACAUAGCAGUAAAUCCAGUCUCUUGUCACAAAAUGUCAUAUUACGAUGUGUGAUACUGUGUGCAUUAUAAUAAGCUAACUCGAGGCCGAAAUUUUUUUUGCGACUUAACAUCGACUCCAUUAUUCACUGUCAUUGAGCAUAGUGUUUUCAUCUGAGUUUUUUUAUAAGUUUUUAACAAUGGGGGCAGCUGUAAGCAGUGGUCAAAAUAAUGAUGAAUUAGUUGAUAAUCUAAUGAAAUCUGGAUAUAUAAGAACAAGAAUAGUGGAACAAGUUUUUAGAGCCAUUGACAGAGCAGAUUAUGUUUUGCCAUCUCAUAGAGAGAGAGCUUAUAAUGAUCUUGCCUGGAAACAUGGCAACAUUCAUUUAUCUGCACCAUGCAUAUAUAGCGAGGUGAUGGAAGGUCUUUCAUUGAAACCAGGAUUGAGCUUUUUAAAUCUUGGAUCAGGAACUGGUUAUCUCAAUACAAUGGCAGGACUCAUAUUGAACCAACAUGGAAUAAAUCAUGGUAUUGAGUUGCAUGAAGAUUGUUUAAAAUAUGCAUAUGAGCGACUAGAAGAAUUUAAACAGAGGUCAUUAGCAUUGGAUGAAUUUGACUUUUGUGAACCAGUUUUUGUACAAGGGAAUUGUCUGAAUGUUGCACCUGGUAGACGGUAUGACAGAGUAUAUUGUGGCGCAGCAUGUCCCGAAAAUUACGAAAGAUUUAUUAAACAGUUUGUAUGCGUUGGAGGUAUCCUCGUGGUGCCGUUUGAAGAUCACUUGUUACGUGUACUGAGAGUAGAUGAAGAGACUUGGGUGCACCAUAAAAUGAUACCUGUAUCAUUUUCAACGUUAAUUGUGCCAACGGCUUCGGAACAAACAUUAUUCCACUUACCUGAAUGUACUCCAUUAUCUUUGCAAGAAUUAUGCAGAGGUAAAAUUAGACGAUGUUUGCGGUCAAAUGUAUGGAAGGAACACGAAGAUCUGGAAACGAAAAAGCUAAUACCACUUGACCGUUUAGGCCUUAAUCGUCCUCUUCAAACUUUAACCAGAUUUGUAAUCCCCUUAGUGGAAGAAUCUAACGGAUUAGUAUCAGAUGAAUCGGUAUCUGAUGAAGACGACGAAUCUACUAGAAGGGCAUGCAUGUUGGUCAGCGUAGACGCUCACCCUAGAGAAGUUUGCGCGAUUUCUCAAGUACGAGCUGUCGUAGUCUGUAACAUAAAUGAAAGCCAGAAUUGCCAAGCAAUGAGUGAUAACGUCGACACUGACUCGAGUAAUCAAAAUUCUGAAAAUUCUGCGAACAGUGACAAAUCUGUUUCACAGACAGAAGAAUCUAAUAAUGUACAGACUGCUUCAAAUUCGCCAGGAGAAAAAUCUCAAGAUAAAGCUGAAGAACAAAAUUUUAGAAGUGAAACGUACUGGAAUUUACUUAAACGUACUGAAGCAUUAUUAAAUAUAAGCGAAAGUGAUAGCGAAACAGAACAAGACGAGACUCUUGUACAGCGUAAGAAGAUGGCCAAGCGAGAAAAAACGGAUAGUGGUAUCGUUGAGGAUAUAAACUUAAGCAACGAAGAUAGUAGCCCCAGAUCAAAUAUCAGUCAAACAGAUUCAGAACCCGCCGACUUGCCUGAUACAGCGAUGGACGUGAGUUCGUCCAAUAAUUCCCGUGACAUAGUAGUAAUCAGUCGUUACGUGGAUAGUAAUGCCUUUUCUACUUAUAUGAAAGAAAAAAUACAUAAGUUACCAUUGCCUUUUUCAUCAAAGUUGUACCUAAAUUAUAAUCGUAAGCUGUAAUAUAAGUAAAUUACAUAUGCAAAUCAUAUUAUUCUAAUUUAAAUAAAUAAAUACACACACACAGACACAUACACAUAAUGCCCGUGUGCAUGUGUGUGUAUGUGCGCAUGCGUGUACGCGAGCGUAUGUGUCCUAUAAUGCGUGUUCAUAUGCAUAUAUCCUUAUUAAUUAUCUGUUUUUAUCUCGCCUUUUAUCUAAUCUAUUCUGAGCUGGUAAUAAUUUCAUUAUAUAGGAAUAUCAUGACAUCACGUAAUAAAAUGAAGCUGAAUAUUAUCGCAAAUAGUCACCGAUAUUUUCUAAAAUAUUUCACAUGCACUUAUUCAUAAAUGUUUAUACAAAUAUAA